AUGGCGACGCACUUCUCUUCAACGAGGUCUGUUCGCUCCAUUUUCCAGUCCAAACCAAAUCCUUCCAAAUCCCUCCUUUUCCUUCCAGAUUCUUAUCAUAGAAGAGCUGAAAGCGCCUCGUGCCGCGUUGGCAGUGUGAAUGUGAGCAAGUGGAGCUCAGCUGCAAACUACGUUAGACUUGUGAAAUUCUCUGGAAAAUCUGUUGUUGUUAAACAAUUGGUGCACAAGAGAACAAGAUUUGUGAGGUGUGCAACUAUUGAAGAAAUCGAAGCGGAGAAAUCUUCCAUUGAAAAAGAUGUUAAAGCUAGAAUGGAUAAGACUAUUGAAAUGGUUCGGACCAAUUUCAAUUCAGUACGGACAGGGCGAGCAAAUCCAGCCAUGUUAGAUAAGAUUGAGGUGGAAUAUUAUGGAACUCCAGUCGGCUUGAAGAGCAUAGCUCAAAUCACUACGCCUGAUGCAAGUUCUCUUCUGGUUCAACCAUAUGAUAAAUCAAGCUUAAAGGCUAUAGAGAAGGCCAUAGUAAGCUCUGAUGUUGGUUUGACUCCAAACAAUGAUGGUGAAGUGAUACGUUUGACCCUUCCUCAACUGACAUCUGAUAGAAGAAAGGAAUUAUCAAAAGUUGUGGCCAAACAGGCUGAAGAAGGAAAGGUUGCAUUGAGGAAUAUAAGAAGAGAUGCUUUAAAAGCCUACGAAAAACUUGAGAAGGAAAAGAAGCUCUCAGAAGACAACGUGAAGGACUUGUCAAGUGAUUUGCAGGUAAGUUAG